AAUUAAUGGAAAAACCUUUAACAGUUGUUUGUAUUAGUGAUACUCAUUCUAUGUUUAUUGAUUUACCUCCAGGGGAUAUAUUUAUUCAUUGUGGUGAUUUCUCAAAUUGUGGAGAAUACAAAGAUGUAUAAAAUUUCAUAAGUUGGAUUAAAUAAAUACCCUUUAAAUAUAAAAUUGUGAUAGGAGGAAAUCAUGAUACAUUUCUUGAUACAAAGAAAUAUGAAGAAAUUCUUAAAGAUAUAUUCCACAAAGGUUAGCCAUGGUAUCACUUAGAAUUAUAGAAGGAAUUAAAGGAAAAUUGUAUUUACUUAGAGAAUUCAUCAGUAAAUAUAGAAGGAUAUAAGAUUUGGGGAAGCCCAUAUUCUCCAACAAUACUUCAUAAUCCAUGGGCAUUUUAAGUGGAUCCUGAAGAUGGGGAAGAAUUUUGGAAAAUAAUGGAAGAAGGAUCUGAUAUUGUUUUAACACAUGGAGCUCCAUUAGGCCAUGGUUCAUAUGUUCAUCAUUAUAAGCGUACAAGAGGAGAAUGGGGAGAUGAAGCAUUAGCAAAAAGAAUAAAAGAAGUGAAACCACUUUAUCAUAUAUUUGGGCAUGUGCAUGAAGGGUAUGGAAUGACAGAAGAGGAUGGAAUUUAGUAUAUUAAUUGUGCAGUUCUUGAUGAAACUUAUUAUCCAGCUAAACAAGCCAUCAUUUUUCAAAUACCUAGAAGAACUAUUUCUUAGAAUUAAAAUGAGGAUAAAUUACAAUAAGCUUGA